AAGAAAAUUAGUAGGAAAACCACUGCCGUACGCCCACCCAAAUUUGAAAGCAGAGAGUAGAACGAAAGGAAGGAAUUUGCGAGUGUGGUGUGGAUAAGGAAGAAACCACGCAACACUCCUCUGUAUACCCAAAUUCACCAACUCUAUAAAUAUCUGUAAUUUAUUCCCACGCCUUCCAUUUCGAUCCCCUCUCCGAUCUCCGUCGAUUUGCCUGGUUUUUCUGAAGUUUCUGGUUGUUGUUUUGUUUUUGUCUGGUGGGAAUUCGAAGGUUUUCGGUGGAUCUUCGAUCUGGGUUUUCCGAGACCGAUCUUGGACUCGUCACUCGGAGCCGCUCUGGGUGUGGCGGAUGUGGGUGGGUUUGCUCUGAAGAUUUGAGAAGUGAAUUAGGAGGGGGAAGAAGAAGAUGCCGCAAGAUCAUCCAAGGAAGGAGGCCAGGGAAAUAAACUUUUUUACUGAAUACGGGGAUGCUAAUAGAUACAAGAUUCUUGAAGUUAUUGGAAAAGGAAGUUAUGGAGUUGUCUGUGCUGCUCUUGACAUGCAAACUGGGCAGAAAGUUGCAAUAAAGAGGAUUCAUGAUAUUUUUGAUCACAUAUCUGAUGCUAUUCGAAUUCUCCGUGAAGUUAAGUUGCUUAGAUUGUUACGGCAUCCUGAUAUAGUUGAGAUCAAACACAUUAUGUUGCCACCUUCUAAAAGAGAAUUUAAAGACAUUUAUGUGGUUUUUGAGCUACUGGAAUCUGAUCUUCAUCAAGUUAUUAAAGCAAAUGAUGACUUGACCCGUGAACAUCAUCAGUUCUUUCUUUAUCAGAUGCUACGUGCAUUGAAAUUUAUGCAUGCAGCAAAUGUAUAUCAUAGAGAUUUAAAGCCGAAGAAUAUAUUGGCCAAUGCCAAUUGCAAGCUUAAAAUCUGUGAUUUUGGACUUGCGAGAGUUGCUUUCAGUGACGUCCCAACUACAAUAUUUUGGACAGACUAUGUUGCUACUAGAUGGUACAGAGCUCCGGAGCUGUGUGGAUCAUUUUGUUCCAAGUAUACUCCCGCGAUAGAUAUUUGGAGCAUUGGAUGUAUAUUUGCUGAAGUGUUGACGGGGAAGCCAUUGUUUCCUGGUAAAAGCGUCGCCCAUCAGUUGGAUUUGAUUACUGAUCUUCUCGGGACUCCCUCAUUGGAAACCAUUGCAGGAGUUCGGAACGAAAAGGCUAGGAAAUAUUUGACAGAAAUGAGAAAGAAACCUGCAGUUCCAUUUUCACAAAGAUUUUCCAAUGCGGAUCCUACAGCCAUCCGUUUAUUGCAAAGGCUAUUAGCUUUUGAUCCAAAGGAUCGACCAUCGGCUGUGGAGGCUUUGGCUGAUCCUUACUUUAAGGGCCUAGCCAAAGUUGAAAGAGAGCCAUCUUGUCAGCCAAUCUCAAGAUCGGAAUUCGAGUUUGAGAGACGGAAAUUAACAAAGGAUGAUGUAAGGGAACUAUUAUACAGAGAAAUAUUAGAAUACCAUCCUCAAAUUCGUGAAGAUUAUUUGAUUGGAGAGACUACCAAGCUCCUCUAUCCCAGUGUUACUAGUCAGUUCAAAAACCAAUUCACCUACCACAAGGAGAAUGGUGGUAAAAGCGCACCUGUUUUGCCUCUCGAACGGAAACACUUCUCCCUCCCACGGUCUACUGUUUGCACAAACUUGGUUUCACCUGACCGUGAGCCGGUUCGACGAAAUCCCAAAGUCCCAAACAAUAGUAUGGGAUUACCUGAUAGAAAAUUUGGGAAUCCAUCAAAGGCUCAUCAUCCUCCACCCAAAGUGCCCACUGGACGAGUUUCUGGGCCGAUCCUCCCGUACGAGAACAGAAACAUAAAAGACGUUUACUCGAGACUAACGUCGCAAAUUAGAAGUUUGGAUUUGUGAAUGAUAGAAUGAUUCUUCUUCCCAAUUCAACCCCUUACCAGCACUGUAAUUUGAGAGCCUCACACGAGUCGGUCAUUCGCUCUAAAACUAACCAUUAUUACCCGGUACGAGCAACGGUAAAUCUAUAGUAUGAUUCGUUCAUAAUAGGAACUUAGAAGCUGUUGCAGGCAAAACUAAAGUUAGAAUGGCAACCAUUGCCAUUGCCUGCUAAAUGGAGUAGAGUAACUGAGUUAGGUAGGUAUAAGUAUAACCAACAGUAGAGUGUUUCAUUCAAAUGACAAUUAUUGUAGGGUCAUCUCUUCUUUUAAUGUUUUUUUAAGGGGAUUUCUUUAACUGUUUUUGGUUUUUAUUAUGCCAUGUAAUUAGAAUUAUAAACACUCCAUUUCUGUAUAUACAUUUAAAUGAAACUUUGUAUAUUGCAA